AAUAAUUAGAUAUAUAUAAAAAAAAAAAACGAGAAUUUAAAAUCCUUAGAUAUAUCAACACAGGUAAAGAUGCUAAAACCCUGAAUCCCCAUCACCAUGACUGAACGGAAGAAACUUGAUUUGGAGUGACAGAGGAUAAAAGAAGUCAUAUGUUUUCAGAGUACUAAUUUAGGAUUGAUUUCUGGUACCACAGUUACUGGUAUGCUAUGCAUGGUCUCCUCAGAAGCCCAACAUUGCUCAGGAUUCCCGCCACAAAUGGCAUCAUCAACCAUCGCUUUUUCCGAUCAGAACACCAAAGAUAUGCUGAACUCAUUGACAUAUACGCUCGCGAUCGAGCAUUGCACCCCGGCAAGAAGCUUCACGCGAGCUUAAUCACCAAAGGUUUCUCUCGUUUCAACGUAAUUGCUUCUAACCUCGUAACCUUCUACGUGUGCUGUAGCCAACUCUCCCACGCGCGAAAACUGUUCGACAAAAUUCCCACCACAAAUGUCCGCCGUUGGAUCGCCUUCAUUGGCACGUGCGCUCGCUGCGGCUUCUACGAUCUCGCGCUGGCGGUGUUCUCUGAGAUGCAAGCCAUUCCAGGGCUUACGCCAAACUACGUAUUCGUCAUCCCCAGCGUUCUCAAAGCUUGCGGCCACGUUGGGGAUCGGAUCACCGGAGAGAAGACGCAUGGCUUGAUUUUGAAAUGUUCGUUCGAAUUUGAUUUUUUUGUGUCCAGUGCAUUGAUCGUUAUGUACUCCAAGUGUGCGAAAGUUGGGGACGCGCGCAAGGUGUUUGAUGGGAUGGUUAUGAAAGACACGGUGGCUCUAAAUGCUGUUGUUGCUGGGUAUGUUCAACAGGGUUCUGCAAAUGAGGCACUGAGUUUGGUGGAAAGUAUGAAGGUGAUGGGUUUGAAGCCAAAUGUGGUGACUUGGAACUCUUUGAUAUCUGGGUUUUCGCAGAAGGGUGACCUAGGAAUGGUGUCUGAGAUUUUUAGGUUGAUGAUUUCAGAUGGGUUGGAGCCAGAUGUGGUAUCAUGGACUUCUGUUAUAUCUGGUUUUGUGCAGAACUUUCGUAAUAACGAGGCAUUUGACGCGUUUAAGCAAAUGUUGAGUCACGGGUUCUGCCCAACUUCAGCUACUAUAAGCACCCUUUUGCCUGCUUGUGCUACUGCAGCAAGAGUUAGAGUUGGGAGAGAGAUUCAUGGCUACGCUUUGGUGACUGGGAUGGAGGGAGAUUUAUAUGUAAGGAGUGCUCUUGUUGACAUGUAUGCAAAAUGUGGGUUCAUUUCUGAAGCAAGGAAUUUGUUUAGUAGGAUGGCUGAGAAGAACACGGUUACUUGGAACUCCAUCAUUUUUGGUUUUGCGAAUCAUGGGUAUUUCGAGGAAGCUAUUGAGCUCUUCAAUCAGAUGGAGAAGGAAGGGGCUGCCAAGCUGGACCAUUUAACUUUCACGGCAGCUCUCACUGCAUGCAGUCAUGUUGGAGACAUUGAACUUGGGCAGAGGCUGUUCAAGGUGAUGCAUGAAAAAUACGGUAUUGAGCCACGGCUGGAGCAUUAUGCGUGCAUGGUGGAUCUUCUUGGUCGAGCGGGGAAACUCGAUGAAGCUUAUUGCAUGAUAAAGGCAAUGCCUAUUGAACCUGAUUUGUUUGUGUGGGGUGCAUUACUGGCUGGUUGUAGAAAUCACGGGCAUGUGGAGCUUGCGGAAGUGGCUGCUCUACAUUUGAUGGAAUUAGAGCCCGAGAGUGCUGCAAACCGUCUUCUGUUGUCUAGCCUAUAUGCCGAUGCAGGCAAAUGGGGAAAGGUUGAGAGGAUCAAGAAAAGGAUAAAGAAGGGAAAACUCAGAAAACUUCAAGGCUUGAGUUGGAUAAAUAAUUUAUAACAUUAUAGGUCGGUAGGCCAUAGGUUUUUGCUUCAUGGAGAGAAUGGUGCACCUAGAGAUAUAAUUUUGGAUCUAUCCUCUUGUGUUCUUCUGAGGCGACAUUUCCUUAACAUACUCCGUUGGACCUAAGCAAUUUCUUGUCCAUAUUGUUGCAUCCUUUUUAGAUAGAUAUUCAAUACGAUGGAAGGAAAAAGAAGACGAGUUGUAGUUCCAUUUCAUUGUCUAGAUUAGAUAUUUACGAAGAAAUAGAUAGCUUGAGUUGCAGAAAAAAGGUGUUGAAACGGAAGUGCUAUUCCACUCCUUUCAUCGUUUAUUCCACUCCUUUCAUCGUUUAGGCAUUUUCCUAUCUAGAAUGAUAGUAAAAAGGGAUGAGAACAACUGAAAUGAAUUUGAGUAUCGACAGACAGAGGUAGUUGUUUCUAUUUUAUUA